GAUUCUUGUAGAGACGUAUACACGUCAUAUCGGAUCCAAGUUCAGCUUUAUCAUGUGACAUCGACAUUAACCGAAUAAUACUCUGUAAUGAGGAUUGGACACAUGCAUCGGUUUGUGUAGAAAAUGGAUUUGGGUGACGCCUUAUUCCAGAAGUUGGAGGAGAAAGGACUUAAUGCGAAUGACGUAGACGAUCAGGAGGAUGACUUUUACAGAAUAAUUUCCAUUUUACUAUAUGGGGAGGCAAAGCGACAUUCGAAAUGUAGAGAACGAAUAUGUACGUUUCAAACUGAACCAGAAAAUAUUAAAUAUUUUGAAUUGUUUCUGAACCAAUCUUCCAAUACUGGUUCGCAAAAGAAAAGUUAUCAAGAGGAAUUUUUGGAUGAUGUUAAAAAAAGAAAUUAUGAUAGUACACCCCCCACUGCACGUGAGAUAUAUGCUGCGUGCGAACUUAUUGGACGUCCGAUAGAGGCAUUGGUGUGUAACUAUAGCGAUAAGGAGUCGAUUUCGCCCACGCUGCAGUGGAGACUUUUUGUUCCGGUACUUGGGCGAGUUACUCCACAAACAAAGCAAAGUUUCAAAAUGUUGAUCCUGCUUAAAAGACACAAGGCAAUCUUUCACGCAUUCAAACCGCUAUUAGGAGUGGACAAUGAAUCCAUAAAUGGGGCCGUCAAUCAGAGUAUGGAUAACGCUUCCAAUCAAAGCACAGAUGCCAUGGAUGAUCAACUUUCACAUGAAAUCAUCUAUCAGAGGACAGACGUACCCAGGCGUUGUUAUGGCAAUAGGUUUUCCAACAAAAUAUUUUUGUCACCUAUUUCCGUGGCUGACACAAGCUACCCCGAUGCAAGCGAGUGGAAGCCAAAUACAGAAAUAGAUACAUUUUACCAGUGUUUGAGCCAGGAAAUGUAUGGUGUCUGUGACCAUUGGAAACGAGUGAAAAAUAUUUUAUUUGCACUGGAGGAAGAGGAAGAUAGUAUCAAUGUUUUUGCAGCUAUUAUCACAGACAAGGAUUCGGAAAAAGAACAAGCUAUGAAAGAUCACAUUUUGAAAAUGAAAAAGGAAGGAAGCAAACCAACAAAAACCGAGAUGUUCGCUGCGGCAAGUCUUCUAAACGCUUAUGUAUAUGUUCAAAGCUUCACAAACGGAGCCUACACGUGGGAAAUAUAUCCACCUAUCAGAAAUAGGUUUUGCAGCGUGGAGCCAAUGGAUUCAUUUGUUGCAUUAAAAUGUGCUAAUAUAACCGAGACGUAUUCCAUUGAUCUGUCAUUUGCUACCAAUGGUGACAAUUUAAGAGAGGCAGCGCCAAAGGUUCCUGGCAACUUAUUAACGAUAAAGGAGCAGAUAGACAGCAUUACGCGAGACGUACUGGCCAGGAGGGUACCGUGUUGUGAAGGACAUCUUCACCUAUCACACAAGGACAAUACCGGACGGAAGAGGCCCACAAAGGCGAGAAGGAAUCCAUUCACAGAUCCACCGUCUAGCGUUCGAAACGUUCUCAAACUUCUUCGGUCAGAAGGUCGAGAACUGGAGAAAAUCGAAGCGUACGAUUCCACAUUAUUUCGGUGCAUAAGCAAAGAGGUAUCUGGUACGGAGGAGGAAUUUGAAUCCAUUCGAGACAGAUGUUCUGUUGGUUUGGGGGCAGAUGUCAAUGAAGUCGGGGAUUCUCCACGAAUAAGUAUGAGAGAACAGGAACAAGGACAGAUUGUUCAGGCCUUAGCUGAUUGGUUAAGUGUUUCUAUAUAUAUCUUCACACAGGCAGAUGGUAACGAUCGGGUGCAAUACCAGUGGCGCUCUUACCAUCCUACGAGAUCUGAACUCGAGGCCGACUUCAUACACUCCCUUGGCUGUCGUUACUACAUCACACUCUUCUUUGACAUACGGAGCCGGAAAUACGACAGGGUCAUUCCAAUCAGUGGUUGCAAUUGCCAGCUGAUGUCGCCUAUCCCACUUUUCGUGGAAACAUACGGAGAAAUACAACAUCCCGGUAUCGUCCAGAUCUCUGAAACGAAUCAUCACAUGACCUUAAAGCGACGUCUACCGUCACAGUUCAGUAAUGAACAGUUUGUGUGUGAGACACGGAAACCAUUGCUAGCACGUCAAUUCUCUGAAAGUUACAGGGUCCUGCACGAACGUCAAGACAUGUCGGCCCGGUUUAUUGAUUCCGUUUAUGAGGACUCGCAUUCUUUCUAUAGGUGUCUCAGCAAGGAGCUGUUCGGAACGCAGGAACAAUUUGGACUUAUCCGUAAAUGUCUUUUGAAUGCAAUAGAGGAAUCACGUUCCGAGCUGGAAUAUGAUUUAAAAGAACUGGCUUCAUUGUUGGGAGGAUCGCCGUUAACUUUGGAUGAACUUAAGCAAAGAAUCACUGACCUUAGAAAUGCAGAAAAUGAGGAAAUUUAUCUUGCAAGUGUUGUAUUUGCAACUUCCAUUUACGUACUGGGACGAGGAGAUGCUAAUGAUCUGAACAGUUUUACUUGGAGACAUUUUUCCUGGAAUGUUAUGAAGAAAGCCUACACCACACACAGUUGUGACAAACGCAGUCGGGAAAUAUGUCCAUCCGGCGGGCGAUAUUACAUUUCAUUGUUCAAGAGCUCUGCUGGCCAUUACGAUCGAGUGGUUCCAAAGUACGAGCUAUGUAAUUGCGCAAUGAUGCUUCCCGAAGAUGCGGAGACGGGUCCCCUAGAUCCCAGUCAAAUUAGGCUUGAUGUUCCCAAUCAGAGCAUCGAUACAAGAGGUUUGCUCGUAACACGAAACGUUGAUAUGUAUCUUACCAAACUACGGAUAUCUUUAAACACAUGGCUACAGGUGAGUGAGGAGACAGAAAAGAUAUGCCAUCAGAUUGUUGCAGAACUUGAAAAUCGCCGUUUUGGCGUCAACAUUGCUACCAUAAUAGGUGGCUCCACGGGUCUAGUCGGAACGGGGCUAGCAGUGGCUGGAGUGAUUGCUGCACCAUUCACUGGCGGUUUGUCCUUAGGUCUUACAAUAGCAGGCGCUGCAGUCGGCGGAGUAGGUGGGGCUACAAUGGCAGGGUCAAAGAUCACAGAAGUCGUUCUCGGCAGUAAGGCGACUGAUGUUCUGAAAAUCAAACAAACAUUACUUAAAGCUAAAUCUGAUGAACUGCAGACAGCUAUAACAGAAUUUACGGAGAGCGUGAAGACAAUGGAAGUUGACGUGAAAGAGCUUCUGCGCGAUGACAGCCUUCAGGCUGUAGAUUCUGCAAUCUUUUCAACAAUCAGCACGCUUAUCCGGGCCUUACACCACCUUUAUGUCAUCCCAAUGACUGUUCUGAGGGUAUCGUUCCAAGGUGUUGCUAUGAUUUCUGCGAUACUCAUUCCUCUCGCGGUCCUAGUAGACUUAGGCUCAAUCGCACACGCGGGAUGGAAUCUGUCGAAGCAGUCAAGGACACAGGUGUCGGAGGACUUGCGACGAAUAGCGGUCGUUCUCAGAUCAUGUAGGCUUCAGCUGGAAACGUGGGCGUACGGAAACGAGGAAAAGGACGAUUGCUGAUGAGAAAUAUUCGAUGAAUAGAGGGAUGAACGCGAAGUGAGGAGAAGAAAUAUAACAGCGAUUGAGAGGUGGGUACAAUUGAGAAGAGUAACAAAAAAAUCCUUCGGUAGCGAGAUCCGUGAAAUGGACAACUGCAAGGACGGAUGAAUGUAUCUGCACUAGUUUACCUAAACAAUCUUGAAAACACACCAAGUUAUAGGAGAAUGUCUGACGGUUUCAGUGCAAUUGCAUUUGUACAUUAUGUUCAUAAUUGUGCCUUAAACGAUAUAUAGGUGAUCAUAUAAUUAGAAAAUAUGGACCGAAUUUCGAGAUUUUUUCAAAAACAGUUUUGUUAAUACUCUAAAAUUUGUUUUAUAUUUAUUUAACAUAUAUAUAUAUAUGCUGAAUCGUCAAAGUGUUUUAACAUGAAGUAUUAUAUAUUUUACAAUCAUUUUGGUGAUAAUCUUGUGUCUUUUACUAAUCUUGUUCAUACUAUAAAUUAUGUUAUAUUUACAACACAUACUAUUUUAACCUGAAUAGUCCUAUUUUUGUAACUUCUUUUUGAAAGCAAAAAAAUACUGAGCAGUUAUGACCUCUAGGAUAUAAAGGUGAAAAGAUGCUUGAAAUGAUUGUUGAUGUAGAAAAUUUAGUCUUCAUACAAGGAUGUGUAGCAAAGUGCGGCAUGUAAAGUUCGUCGCAGAAAGUUCAACAGAGGUCAACAAAAUGGUGCAAUCUUCCACAUCAGGAUAUUAAUAUAACAAAGAAUGUGCCGACAUGUUAACAGAAUCUUAAAUCAAACACAAGGCAAAAUAUGAACAAACGGAAGAUUUACAUGGAAAGUCUUGAAAAAUUAAAGUAGAAGAUCAGGUGUUUCAUGUCAUCAUUGAAAGUAAAGUGCGCUAUAAUGUACGUAGUUUUAAUAGAUAUGCACAUUAGAUAGAAUUAUCAGAAAAAUAAUUAUUUGAUUGUAAUUCCGUGUAAACGCCCCCAUAAAUACACUGUGUAUCCUAAUUUGCGCAUGGUUUGGGAUAUAUUAUGUUUCUAUAGUUUUACUUUAGUAUUUGCUCAAUCACAAUAUCCUCGUGGAAAAUGAGGCACAUUAAUGAUACCUCCCCGAAUAUCAGUUACUGUUAUGUUUUACAAACUUUUUAAUAAUCUUUUAUAAAUGUUUUUAUUUAUCAGUGUAUCUUUCCUAUAUACGCACUCACAUUUUGUUGGUGUUGAGGUUUCUGUGAUUGGUAUAACAUAUCUCGCGUCUUAAGUGGUAUACUUAUUUUAACUUCCUGUCGCUAAUCGUAGCUAGUUAGCUGCACUUCAUUGUCGCGGACUACUAUAUCAUAAUAUAGUGUAAUUGAUGUUUAAUAUGUAUGUGUCAAGUGUUUCAAUCGCACAUGUUUAACACAAGCGGAAGAAAUUUUAGUUACGAUACCUCUGUGUGUUAUACUGAUGCAAAUUGCCUAAUACACGACAUAGUAAACUCUAUAUUGAUGUUAGAUAGUAUACAUUACUGUCAUUCCAUUCUCAGUUUUCAUUCCAACGUUAUAGCUUAAUCACCAUGAUAUGCCAUUGUUGUAUUUUCUUGAAUGACCGUUUGAUUUGACUGUAUUUGUCUUGCCUUUUAUUGUUUCCCUAAUGUUGAUCUUUUCCGACGAUAAUCUCUCUCUUUUUUCAAUUGAUUUCUAUCAAACUUGGUAGGGUUAAAUACCAGGACACGAAGUUUUGUUUAAUUCAACAGUUUUGAGGGGAAGUUUUUUUGUCCAUUUUUUUAGUAUUUUGGGUUUGAGUGGAUAUCUCCUUCCUAAUUUUUUCACCAAUUUACCUGAAACAUGGUUGACUUUUAAUCAUGACAUGAAAUGGCAUUUUCUUUACAUUGUGAUAUUACAAUUUUGAAGAGUUUUUGCCGUUGUUUGUUUCAUGUUUUAAAACAUUUUUAUCGUUAUAUUGUACUGUUUUCCUCUUGCCAUUUGACGUAUUUUCGCCAUUUCCUUAUUUGUAUACUUUUCGAUACAACAACUCCUACACAUUCAUUGGUCUGGGAUAGUCGUGUAUUGAACUGCUCAGCGGUACUCUUGCUUGUAUAAAAUGUAAAAGUACUUGCUUUGCUACGCAAAAUCUUUAACUCGGCAACAUUCUCUCUCCUGUUGACAUUUUAAGAUUUUGCCGAUUUUAUCAUGACAUCACAUUAGAGUCAAAAAUCGUUUUAUGAUAGAAAUUAAUUAAGCACCGAGGUAGUGCAUGAGUUUUCGUUAAGUACGAAAACAGCUUCUUUCCCCAACGGAGACCAAGCAAAAUAAUGGAGGUCUGUGUAUACUGUGACCAGUGGAAUGUAACGUUGCCAUUUGAAGGUUCAAGAAAAAAUUGAUGUGGUUGUUUUAUGAUAUACCAAAUGCAGUUUUCUUUAAAUCACGCUUGCUGGCUUUGAAACAAGUUUUUGAACUUGUUAAAACUACUUCUUCGUAACCAAAAAACCUAGAGUCAUGAUAUGUUGGAGUUAAUAGGGUUAGAUUGAUCGUUUAGAAAUUGAUUCCAUCAUUUGUCGUAAAUACAUUAUAUUAACACUUGUUUGUUUUAAGCAUGCUAGUUUUAGUAUUGACUCGCAGCUUACUUUGUAGAUCAGUGUGGAGAAAUUUUGAUAUUCUGGUGAUAAAACGUUAAAUACCAGGUGAGCGACGCAGGCCUAUAGGGCCUCUUGUUAGUAGACAAGUUUGUUGUUUUGCAUUCUUAAAGAUUAGUUGAUGAUUUGACAUAAUAAAUUUGAUGUCUCCAUUUGUUAACUUUAUUGGCAUUCUGUUCUAGCUAAGACUAUGCCUACACUUCUGGAGUAAGUCACGACAAAAUCGAAAGCAGAUAAAUAACUGUUAAUGCAUUAAAUUGGAGUGGAGUUUACCAUAAGCUUAUAUAGGGUCUGGUUUACCAUCAUAAUGACUAGUAGUUUAUCUCGUCUUCACUUACUGCAAUCACAAACCAGUCACCACGGUUCAUUAUCAAGAUGAUACCAGGUGCGUAUGAAGCUUUCGAUUUUGGCAAAGCCUACUAGAAGGGUGUAGAGAAGCUGACAUAUUAAUGCCGCAAUUCUUGGUUUUUGUAGAUUUUAAAUGAUUGAUUAAUUGGUAAUAUUUUUUUUCAGUUUGCAUUAAAAGUUUUGAUAAACGUU